AUGGCGAGCAGCGCCAAGUCACGAUGGGCAGACAGUGAGGAGGACGCGGCUCUUGAGGCCAAGCUCAAGCGAGAAAAGGAGGAGAAGAAGCGCAUGAAGGCAGAGAAAGCCCGUCUCGCCGAGAACGAACGAUUGGCGCUGCGAGCCAAGGCGAACGACGAGAAUGCAGAGAACGACGAGAAGGACAGACGACCGGCGAAGAGGCGGAAAUACACACCAGACCCAACUGGAAAGGUCCCAAACUCGCCACACAUCAACCAGGGCUCUGGGAAGCUUCUGCGCUUACCUUUUGGUCAUUGGGGAAAAUGCCGGAGCGUGGAGAGUUACGAUAAGCUGAAUGACAUCGAAGAGGGUACGUAUGGCUGGGUUUCGCGGGCCAAGGAGGCCAUGAGCGGCAAGGUAGUGGCGCUGAAGCGUCUAAAGAUUGAACCGACUGAUCGCAACGGACUUCCCGUAACUGGCCUAAGGGAAAUUCAGAUUUUGCGGGACUGCAGUCACCGCAACAUUGUGAACCUAGAGGAAGUGGUGGUGGGAGAGGACACCGCGAAAAUCGAGAACAUCUUUCUCGUACUAGAAUUCGUCGAGCACGAUCUCAAGAGCAUAUUAGAGGACAUGCCUGAACCGUUUCUUCUCUCCGAAGUCAAGACGCUCCUCCGACAACUGGCAGCGGGCAUUGCUUAUCUUCACGACAACUGGAUUCUUCACCGAGAUCUCAAGACAUCCAACUUACUGCUGAAUAACCGCGGCCAGUUGAAGGUUGCCGACUUUGGAAUGGCCCGCUAUGUGGGAGAUCCAGCCCCAAAACUAACCCAGCUCGUCGUAACGCUGUGGUAUCGCUCUCCCGAACUGCUUCUGGGGGCCAGGACCUACGGCAGGGCCGUGGACAUGUGGAGUGUUGGGUGCAUUUUUGGAGAGCUCCUUACGCGAGAACCUCUCCUUCAGGGUACGAACGAGGUCGAUCAAGUCACGAAAAUAUUCGAGCUGUGUGGCGUGCCCACGCAGGAAACUUGGCCAUCGUUCAGGAGUCUUCCCAAUGCGCGCUCCUUGCGUCUACCCAAUAACUCACUCGCUACGGGGCCCAUGAUUCGAGCCAAGUUUACGACUCUGACCAACGCCGGAUGCGCGUUGCUCAACGAUUUGCUAUCUUUGAACCCGGAUUCGAGACCCUCAGCCAAGGAGAUGUUGGACCAUAAAUACUUCAGGGAGGAUCCAAAGCCGAAGAAGGAAGCUAUGUUCCCGACAUUCCCCAGCAAGGCUGGACAGGAGAGAAGAAGACAUGAGCCAAACGCGCCAAUCCGUGGCCAGGACGCUGUUGACUUGGGUGAUGUCGACUUCAGUGGCAUUUUUCAAGGCAGAGACAAGGAGGAGAGGGGCGGAGGCUUCUCACUGCGAAUGGUGUAG